AUGACCGCCCUCCUCACGAAGUACACCCGCUUCAUGGCCAUGGUCUCCCUCGCGUCGUCCACAAAGGACCGUGUCGCCGUGCCCACCGUCGACGUCGACCUCGCCUGGCACACGCACCAGCUUAGCCCCCGAUCCUACUACGACUACACCGUCGCGGAGACGGCCGCCUUUGUCGACCACAACGAUAAGGUCGACGAGGACAAGCUCAGCACCGCCUUCGAGUGGACGUGUAAGACCUACCAGGAACGGUUUGGCGAGGUGUACUCAGAAUGCAAGUGCUGGUACUGCGAGAUGACAAAGCGCGAUGGCUUCACAAACCCUUGGAGACGCAAGAUAGAAGAUAAUGGCAGAAAUACGGCCGCCGCCGCCGUCCGUCGGUCUCCGGGUUUGUGA